CCGAGUUAUUCUCCAUUGGCCUAUUCAAAUCAAAAAUUAAGAAUCUCUUCUUCCCCAAAAAAUUCAUUUUCUUGUUGUUCGUCUCACAAAAGUGGACAAAAACAAAACAUAACUAGAAGUUCCGUUUCUCUAAUCUCAUUGGUGUCUUAGGUUAACCUCCAUCAACCGAACGCAAUGGCUAACUCGGCGUCAGGAAUGGCGGUGGAAGACGAAUGUAAGCUCAAGUUUUUGGAGCUAAAAGCUAAGAGAAACUAUAGGUUCAUAAUAUUCAGGAUAGAUGGACAACAAGUGGUGGUUGAAAAGCUUGGAAGUCCCGAGGAGAACUAUGACGAUUUCUCAAAUUCCCUACCGGCUAACGAGUGCCGCUACGCUGUGUAUGACUUCGAUUUCACCACUAACGAGAAUUGCCAGAAGAGCAAGAUCUUCUUCAUAGCUUGGUCACCUGAUUCUUCGAGGGUGAGGAUGAAGAUGGUGUAUGCGAGCUCAAAGGACAGGUUCAAAAGAGAAUUGGAUGGUAUUCAGGUGGAAUUACAAGCCACAGACCCGAGUGAGAUGAGUUUUGACAUCAUCAAAAGUCGUGCUCUCUAGAUUCAUAUAUGCCUGAUCUCUUAUCAUAUAUGCAUAAAUGCUCCAUCAUCAUUAUUCAAAGAACUUCUCCAUGUUAUGUUAUGUAACUUUCUUGGUUUCAUUCCUUCUUCUUCUUCUUCCUCUUGACUAUUUUUAAUCUUUUUCUAUUUACAUAUUAAUUGACAUGGGUUUUAUACUUUGGCUUUGGAGAAGCUUUAAAACCUGUAGUUUCUCGUGUAACA